AUAAAUUCGCUAAUCUAAAAUUUUAUUUUAUCUAGGGAUAAGAUCAAAGAGAGCAUAGAAUCCUACUACAGGAAGCGGAAGAUCAGAAAGCUAAGAGAGGAAGCUAAGGUGGUGAUGGAAGCCAUGAUUGUCUACCUUUCAAGCGCUGUGUGUUUGCUACUCCUGUCAGUUGUCAUCACGUUCAUUAACAAGUUUUGGUGGACUCCGAUUUGCAUACAGUCUAAGUUGAGGUCACAAGGUAUCAAAGGUCCUUCUUACAAAUUCAUUUAUGGAAGCACCAAAGAGAUCCUUCAUAUGAGGAACGAAAUCAUGGCCACGCCCAUGGAAUUAUCAAAUCACAUAUUACCCAGAAUUGAACCCCAUGUUCACUCUUGGACCAAGCUUUAUGGGAGAAAUUUCCUUUUCUGGUUUGGUCCGAAGCCUCAAUUAAUAGUCACUGAACCUGAUCUGAUCAAAGAGAUACUGAAUGGCAAAGAAGGUGGAGAAUAUCGAAAAAGAGAUUUAACAUAUUUUGCGAAAAAGAUUUUAGGGGACGGGCUUAUAUCAGCUCGAGGUGAAAAAUGGUUUAAGCAAAGGAAAAUUGCCAACCAUGCUUUCCAUGCGGAGAAUUUGAAGAAUAUGAUCCAAGCAAUGAUUGCCAGUGUGGAGAUGAUGCUGGAAAGAUGGGGACAUUAUGAAGGAAAGGAGGUUGAUGCAUUCAAAGAAUUCAAGGUUUUAACAUCAGAAGUAAUCUCCAAGACAGCAUUUGGGAGCAGUUAUAAGGAAGGGGAGAAGAUAUUUGAUAUGUUGACAAAGAUGGCUUUCAUCCUAACCAGAAACGCAUUCAAAGUCAGGAUUCCUGUACUUGGUAAACUUGCAAAGACUAAUGAUGAUAUCGAAGCAGACAGACUUCAGAAAGAUAUAAAGGACUCCAUUAUUAAGAUGAUAAUGAAGAGAGAAAAUAAUGUGAGCAGGGGAGAAGAUUAUAGGUAUGGCAGUGAUCUUCUUGGAUUACUGCUGACGGCUUGUCACCAUGAAGAUCAGACUCAGAGAAUAUCUAUAGAUGAUGUGAUAGAUGACUGUAAGACAUUUUACGUUGGUGGACAUGAAACAACCGCAAGCUUUCUCUCCUGGACGGUUUUACUUCUUGCAACCCAUUCCGAUUGGCAAGAUAAAGCUAGGAAGGAAGUUCUCGAAGUUCUUGGCCAAGCAAAUCCAACUCCAAAUAGCAUCUCAAGAUUAAAAACCAUGAGUAUGAUAAUCAAUGAAACUUUAAGACUGUAUCCUCCGGCUGUUGGCAUUUUAAGGGAAACCAAAUCCCAAGUCAAAUUGGGAAGUGUUAUUGUACCAGCUAAUGUGGAUAUCACAGUUUCAAUUCUAGCACUUCACCAUGAUCCUGAAAUAUGGGGAGAAGAUGCCUUCCUGUUCAAACCAGAGAGAUUUGCAGAUGGAGUGGCUAAAGCUACCAAUAACAAAAUGGCAGCUUUUUGUCCAUUUGGCUUGGGACCUCGGACCUGUGUGGGAUUGAACUUUUCUUUGAUGGAAACAAAGGUUGCACUCUCAAUGCUUUUGCAGCGAUACAGGUUUACAUUGUCACCAACUUAUGUUCACUCUCCACUUCAAGUUAUCUCAAUGCGCCCUCAACAUGGACUUCCUAUCGUGCUUCACUCAUUGUAAAAUCGAUUCCCACAUAAUGUUGUUUUGGGCGCUCAUACCAGGCUUCAUUACAUUGAGACAGUUUAAGGUUCACGGGUCGUUUAUAUGUAAGGCUUUUAUUUUAAGGUUCACAGGUGAAGCUUUCCUCAAA